CUUCCUCUCAAACGAACGCGGGAAGAACGUAAACAAAAGCUCCUUCCUUAUUCGAAGUCAACGGAGCAAACGUUAUAUUCUCGAUUAAAAACAUGGCUUUGGUGGCAUAUAGCGAUGACAGUGACAUUGGAAGCGACUCAGAAGAAGUCGAACAACAAGUGAAUGGUGUUCAAAAUGAUAAAAAUGCAAAAAUAUCUCCCGAAAAGAACGAUAGUGAUGGGCAUACCGAAAUAUCUCCCAUCGCCAGUGCAAAUGUCAAUUCAGAACAAAAAUCACCUUCAGACUCUGGUUUACCCUCAGGGAUAGACGAUAUCGUCGAUGAGGAUGAAAACCACUACAGAGAUAAAACCAACAUUUUAGCAUCGAUACCGGAAGCAGUGCCAAUAGAUUCAUUGCAGACGGCCGUAGGUGAAGUGGAAGAUGAGCUUACUGAUGUCCCUACAGCUGAUAGGGGGAAACAUCAUACCAUAUUAAUUUUGUUCCCUGGACUAGUAUUUAUUGUUUUCUUGUUUUUCCAGUUUGCUGAAGACGAAGAGGAAGAGGAACCAAAGGAGGAGCCUGAAAGAAAGAAAGUCCAACCGUCCAAUAAAGGAAGUGGUCUCUUUUCUUUUCUUCCAGAACCUAAGCACAUUUCAGUUAAGGAAACAAAGCGUCCGCUCAUACCUUAUGUCUUGACCAAACCACCUCCUGCACGCAAGUCACCAAAACCAACUCAGGCAAAGGCAAAAAUGGCAUAUGACAAAAAGGAUACUGGACCAUCAGAUUUCUUUUCAUUGUCCGAGUCAUCAUUGGAUGCUGUUGCUGCUGUGCCAUUACCACCCAUCGCGACAACCAUGCCAGAAGUGCAAACUAAGAGUUAUGGUGAAACUGCUAAACCUAAUUAUGAAAAUCAGAUUAAUCAUGUGCCUGUAGAGUCGAUGACCAGUGAUCAGCAACGAGCAGAAUCUCAGUACUCAUUCCAGCCUGAAGAUCAGUCAUCAGAAGGACCUGCAGAUAUUGAUCAGGAGGCAAUGAUCAGGCUAAUGGGAAAGCGAAGAGGAAAGGGUGAAGAAAUAAAUUUCAUUGAUGUCAGUGCAGAUGAUGCAUUAUUGACGCGUGACGAGUGGAUGACAAAAGCCCUUUCAGAAGAGAAACCAACUCAUAGUUAUAGCAAGAAAAAGGAAGGAUUGCCUUCACAAAAGCAAAAGCAGAAACACCAGAUCACAUAUCUUGCCCAUCAAGCAAAGGAGAGAGAGCUGGAACUCAAGAACAAUUGGGCUCAGAAUCGGAUGACAAAAAUGCAAACUCAGGCAAAAUAUGGGUUUUAAGGUCUGUUUUUUUUUUUUUAAGAUGUAAAUAGAUUGAAAAAAAAUUUGGAUGUUGUAACUGGUAUUUUAUUAUUAGCUGUUAUUAAAUCAUUCAAGUGUCAA